AACAGACCUAUAUAUAGAACGAUGCUAACCUGGGCCAACGCCAUUAAUCUUGGCUCUGCUGAAGAGUGGUCUCUCAAGAACAAAUACGGGCAGGAAUACCUCAUACAAAUUGGAUUCCCCCGUGACUGGCCCGAGAGCACAUGCUCUUCCGGCGAUAACGGAGUGCCUGUUAUCUACUUGCUAGAUGGGAACUCAGUUUUCCUCACCGCGCUUGAAGCACUGCAAAGGAGACUCUCACUAGGGCUGUCUUCCUUCCCAGCCGGUGUUGUCGUGGCCAUCGGCUACCCGAUCCCACCACAUUCAGACCAUCUCUUCAAUGCUAGGAGGGCCUGGGACUUCACACCACCGGCGCCGAACAACACGGAGAUCGAAGGGGGAGCCAACCAAUUCUUAGACUUUAUCAAUGACCGUGUCAGGCCCUUUGUCUGCCAACGGUUGCUGGACAGACGUGGCGUGGCCGUUGGUAGGGAGGCGCUCUACGGUCAUUCAUUUGGCGGACUAUUCUGUCUCCAUGCGCUCUUUACACAUCCGAAUGCUUUCGACUGCUUCAUAGCUAGUAGUCCUAGUAUAUGGUGGAAUGAGGAGUUCAUAUUAAAAGAAGAAGCUUCAUUCAGACGGAUGAGUACGAGCGAUGACAGCUUACGAGGACCGUCCCUCAUGCUGUUUGUGGGUGGCCAAGAACAGAAUCCACCUCGGCGCCGUGGAGAGUCCAGUGAUAUGUAUGAAAGAAGGAGACGGAUACAUGGGGAGUUGCGCAUGGUGGACAAUGAACCGUGGUCUGUGGCUUUCGCUCUGGACAGUAUCAGCAGUAUCCCUACUCUCUACCUUGGAACGAUCGCUGCUGCGUUUCUAACCAUGUCAACUCGGAGGUGGGGAUACGGGAUGUGGGCGAUCGUCCGCCCCAUAGCCGCAAUCCCUCUACUCCUUGUUUUCGGCCUCCUUCCCGAGUUAUCUUCAGGUAGCAGCGCAUUUCUCCGCCGGCCACGCAACAAGGAUUGA